AUGAAUUCAAUCGAACAGAAUCUGGCUGGGCCAAGCUUGGAAGAACCAACGAAAGAACUGCUUUCCUCAACGCAAAAUCCAAUGUCGAGCAGCAGUACGGGUUUCGAUCACAAUACAACUUUGCAACUGAUUGCAUGUGUCCAGAAAAGACCCAAACUUUGGCAUCGACAAUUUUUACGGAAACGAAAGUUGUGCUGCCAACAUGAAUGGGAAGACAUCCAGCAGAAAGAAUUUCCCUCCUACACUGUGGAUCAAUUGAAGGCGCGCUGGAAAACAAUGCGAGAUUCUUUCCGUCGUGAAAUCAGACGCACCGAGUUCGGAAAAUUUUCCCGACGCCGCUGGCCACUGUAUGAGAAUAUGCUGUUCCUUGACGGACACUUCCGGCUUAGGAAAAGUUUGCAACAUAAGGAACCAUCAUUAUUCGCUAAACGCAAGGUAGCAUCUAUAAGAUCGGAAGAAUCCGUCGUAGUUCAAGCGAAGAAGGUAGCAGCAAACGAUCAGUCCACUACACCGAUUACCGGGAUUACCGUCGCCGACGUAAAAGAUGCACCGGUUGGCAUUAGUGAGGUUACGUACUGCAAUAAGUUCCGCUCGCGCAUUAAUUCUAAAAACCCUAGUCCGGAAAGCACUCAAGAAGUUCGGUGUACUAAUGAACAAGAAAUUACCGACGGCCAGUUUUUGAUGAGUUUAGUGCCAUUUUUGAGGAUGUUGCCGUUGGAAACAAAUUUGGAAGUUCGCCUCAAGGUGCUGCAUCUGAUCGCAAAUGCGACACGUUUGGUGAACGUUUCGCAAAAUAAAUAG